UGGGGUCGCUUGUUGGCCCGGAUGAGGCGGAACAGGCGAGGUCCAGUGAAGUUGAAAAAGUUCUUCACCGCUUCUUGGAUUAAUUCAGGUGGAGCUUUCCCGAGUGCAACUGAAAAGAAACUGUUCCGCUUCUUGGACUUCAAGAGUCAGCUUGCGGAGAAGAAGGGGAAGUCGGUGGCAACACCGUACUUCGUGCCCUUCUCCUUCAGGCUGCCGCGGCCUGAGGUCCUCAGGAAGUUCGGGCAGAUCCAGAAGAACACGGUGGGCGAUGUUCUUCUGGAUCGAGGGAAUGCUGAAGGAGCUGGAGCAGGAAGCACCUCGGAGCUUGAUUUCGGCCACUCCAUGCGCCGGGUCAAGUUCAACGAGGUUCCGGAGAAGGUUCCGGAGAAGGCAUGCUUUGUCUACAACUUUAGAAGACGAAGACUCUUGCAAAAAGUCCUAGUUGCCCAUCGAUACCACCUGACGAAGCUGGAGCAGCUGCAGCGCAAAGUCAUGGAUGAGACUCGGCAGUCUAGCCUAGUGAGCCUGGUGGUAGGUCAAUGGAUUUACAACAACAAAGCCCGAAAGUUCCUCCACGUGGCACGAG